AAACGGGUUUGGCAGGUGUAUCGGAAGUGUACACCAUGGCGUUUAACUUCUCUUACCUGCACCAGGUGAGACUGCAUAAAAGUCAACUUGAAACUUCGAGAAGUCUCCGGUCCUGGCGAAUAAAGAACGUUUUUGAUAAGAUGAAUAACCCUAUUCCUGCUAACCUAAGAUCUGAGAGCACUGAAGGAUCCAAUGGGACCUGGCAAACUUAUUCCAGCCCAUGUGAUUGCCAAGCCUCAUGGACUGGCCGUCCUGUCACUCUUCAAUGCAGGUUUCAUGAUUACUGUGAGGGAUGGCAGUGGGAUAGUGAUCGCAAGGCACACUGAUGGAACCAUUGACAUUGCUGGACUCGGUGGAGGAUUUAAACUUGGUCUGGAGAUGAGUUCAGCACCAGCUAGACCACGGCCUCCCACACGGAGAGCUGCUUCCUCCUACAUACCCAAGACACAGGCUUCUGCAGCUGUGAAACCAGCUCUGUAUCCAAACUUGGACAACCGGGAUACCGAAGAUCAAGCAUCAGGUGGUGCUUUAGUGGUCGCCAGCAGCCUGGAGAUCUGAGCUUUGUUCUAGAAGAUCACAUCACUGUUUUCACCAAAAGCUACACGCAGAACGACUGGUGGGAAGGAGAACUAAGAGUUCAGGUUGGGAUAUUCCCAGCUUAUUGUGUGUCCUAUAGCUGAAGGUACAAAAAAAGAAAAGAAAAGAAAAGAAACAUCUUAAACUGAUGACAAAUGAUGUCUGGCAUUGAAGGGUCCUUUUCUUUUGCACAGUUUGAAAUGACAUUUCAUGAUGGAGUAUAUUUUUAAGAGCACUUGGGGUCAGUGAUCCCCCUUAGGGCUCGGUUUUUCAAUGUUCCUGGCAUUGGUGAAAUAUUUUCUUUAUUUAAUUUCUGCCAUUCAGUUACUGGAAUGUGGGUCGACUACUAAAGUGUUCUCAUUUUAUAUGUUUAGUUAUGGAAUAGUUUACACACACACACAUAUACAAUUAUGCUUUAUAUGCAUACACAGAAACCAAAAAAGUGACAUUGUGGUAUUUUAAGUUAAGUUGCUCCAGGUAUUUGACAGCACAAUGGUUUUCCAUUGUGGGCUGCUUGUUUUCCCUCUGAUAAUAGCACUGCACAGCUGUUGCAAACAAAUGUAAUUACAAAUGAUAAGCUUCGUAGUUUAUAACAAGCCUUAUUUAUUGUUUUAUGAAUUAAAAUCUUUUAACUUCACGUCUGCCUUAUUGCUACUUCCUUUUUUAGGAAGCGAAUGAAUAAUUGCUUUUGUUGCUUUAAUUUAUUGCUGUUUGCACAAAUGUUAAUCAAACAUGAAUUGUUUUCCUACUGGUUUUAAAUGCCAAUAAAUGUAUAUCAGUUCUGAUAAA